UGAACCGGGAAAGUGUGAAAGAUGAUCGUGUGAAAGUCAACAACAAGCCAAGAAAGCGUGCGAAUAGCAGUUUUCCUUUGAAAUGUGAUAUCGAUAUUGCGUCCACAACAACAGAUUACUCUGAUUUGUCCUUGGAUGACAUAGUAUCGCGUUCAAUUCUAGAUUGCUAAGAAUCAAUCGGUGUGUUUCGCGCUAUUUGCAUCUUCGGAUCUCACAUUUCACAAUAUGGCCUCCGCUGUGAGCGGCGAAGUUCAGUUUUCCACGAUCAAGACACAGGUCUUUACUGAUAAUACACUGUCCUCUUUGCCAUUAAAUGAUGUAAAAUCACUAAACCCCGCCAUUUUGAGGUCUCCGAUAAAUGGGACGGCGCUAAAAGUGUUUCUAAAUGGCCGAGAAGUAGGCGCGCUCGAGUCGGUACUGGCUGCCGCUAUCACGUGUCUUAUGGACUCCAAGAUGUGUCGAGUCGUUGGUUCUGUAGAGUUCAAUCCAGCCCUCCCAAACUGCCUUAUAUGCAUCAUGAACUUGUUUGCCAUGCAACAAAAUAUACCGAUUGCUCUUGCCAUCAUGAAACUCAAAGGGAUUGUCAUGAAUUCUGCAAUACCUGGAAACUCCACAUUGCCUAUUGAUGGUACACCAUUGAUAAAGAACUGUGAAAAAGUUGGAGGAAAUGAAUCUAAAGCUCAAGUUAAUACUCCUAGUUUACAAAAUGGCACAGCAAAUAGCUCCAAUGAACAUGACAAUCAAAGGGUGAUGUCACAAAUUCAUACUCCUGGAAAUUUUGGAACUAACAAUCUGGAAUAUGCUAUUAAUGAAGUGGUUCCUGCCUUAACACCCCCUCAAACAAAUAUAAUUUCUGUACCUGGUAAAUCAGACAAUAAGCCCCAACCAACUAAGAACACUACUGCAGUACUACCUGGCCAGGAUGAUGUUGCGUUUCCAUUAUCUAAGGACGUACCAAGCUCCCCGGCACUUCCUACUCAGGCUGAUCCAUCAUUAGGAUUAUCCAAGGGCUUACCUCGCCCACUAGAACUAGGGACUCUGAGUACACCUCCAGUCAAAGUCUUUAGAAUGGUAUUACGCAAUAAAUCAACACCAGUGUCUUCUAAAUCAUCACCUAAUAAAGUGCAAUCUAAGGCAACAACAGCACCAAGAUCUCAUCUGGUAAAGUCCAAACCAACAGCAUUACCAGCAUCUAAUAUGGUACAGUCCAAGCCAACAGUAUUACCAGCAUCUAAUAUGGUACAGUCCAAGCCAACAGUAUUACCAGCAUCUAAUAUGGUACAGUCUAAGGCAACAGUAUUACCAGCAUCUAAUAUGGUACAGUCCAAGCCAACAGCAUUACCAGCAUCUAAUAUGGUACAGUCCAAGCCAACAGUAUUACCAUCAACUAGACCCAUUGCUACAAAUCGAGCUGAUUUGUUGCUGUCACCUAAGAGUGGUUUCCAAGAUGUUUUUGCAGUAGAGACUACUAGACCUGGCUCUUCGAAUCUAAAGCUAGACACCCUUCAUGUGGAGUCCAUCACAGACUCUAUAGUACAGAAGUACCAAGACUCACAAGGGAAGAAAACAGCAGACAUCAGCAGUGGCACUCAGAGGAUAUGUGAUAAAAGUAUUGGUAAAGGUGCAGAUAUUAAUGAUAAUGGCACCAUGGUUACCAGUGAUGUCCUGGAUGCUGAACAAAUAAGUAAACUCAAAAUUCUCCCAGGAAGAGAUGAGAUGAAAACUAAUGAUUCAUUGAUGGAGCCAGUUACAGUAAAACCAGAAGUGAAGUGUAAAGACAAGUCUCUGAACGCUAAGUGUCCUUCUUUCUGCAGCUGUAGAGUUUGCGUAUUUCAGUCAGUCCCAGGGCCAUCCACAGCACCAAGUGUUUUGAACCAAGAUGAAGGAACAGUUUCCACAAGUGCUUCUCAGGCCUGUAAUGAUUCCCCACCCAGUGCAGCAUCUGAAGACGAAGAUAUGAAGCCGUUUUUACCUCCCCCUACACAGCCAAUUGGGGAACUCGACAAGAUGUUUGAAAGUCUCCAAGAAUAUGACAAGGAUGGUAUUCAUGAACCAGCAUCGGUUAUUUUAACUAAGAUGUUUCUGCAUCAAAAGCAAGCACUUAACUGGAUGAUAACAAGGGAAAGAAGUACAGAUCUGGCACCAUUUUGGGAGAAGACCUCCAGCCGUUGUUGGUACAACAAGGGGACAAAGCUAUCAACAGAUGUCUACCCAUAUGGCAUCAAGGGUGGUAUCCUUGCAGAUGACAUGGGACUAGGAAAAACCCUGACUGUCAUCUCACUGAUUGUCACCAAUCAUCUGGAUGGAAUGCCAAUGUUUGCUAAGAAAGAGUCAUUCUCCAAGAAGAGAGAUGUGUCUCAUCAUUCUAAUUGUGUGGAUGAAAAUGCUGGGUCGCCCUCCAAAAAGACACGGGUUGAGUCCUCUUCAGAUGAGUGUGAAGUCAUUGAUCUGACUCCAGCAGUAGAAGAGCCAAAACUUACUGAAAGACACAAACAACUGGCCAAGAGAAGACACCAGGAAAUCAAUAACAAGAAGAAGUUGCUAAGUCACAAAGCAUUAAAGCAGCCCGGGUUUUCUUUUCGCCAAAUCUUCCUCCCUAAGUGUCUGAAAAGACAAACCAAAAAAGAGAAUAAGGCACCUAAAGUUGAAAAGAAACCAGUCAUCAACUCUUUGAGCCACACGAAUCCAACUGCGUCAGUCCAUACUCCUGUAGCUAUUACCCAAGAACCACGCCCAUCCCAAGACAAAAACAACCCUCGACCCCAGAUAAUUGAAAAGUUGAACGUUCAGAUUCCUGAGCAGCCCUUUGGGCCCUCAUUCAAUGGUCGGGUGGCCCACAAUUCGGACAUGCCACGGUUAACAAUAAAGCCGUACAAACCGGAUGCUGGUCCCAGCGGUUCUGCAAGAGCUACUCUUAUUAUUUGCCCACUUUCUGUUCUCAGUAACUGGACCGAUCAGAUCUGUACACACGUACACCCAUCAGUCCGUCUGAACGUGUACAUGUAUUAUGGCGGGGAGCGCAUCAAAGAAGUCAAGUACUUGAAAAAACAGGACAUCAUUCUCACCACAUACCCAACCAUAGGCUCCGACUUCCGAAUGAAUGACUCCCCCCUCCACAAAAUCAAAUGGCUGCGUAUUGUUCUUGACGAGGGUCAUGCCAUCCGUAACAAGAACACAGUUUGGACCAAGGCAGUGCUCAAGCUAGAAGCGGAAAGGAGAUGGGUGGUGACAGGCACGCCAAUACAGAACCGGAUUGGGGACCUGUGGUCCAUUGUCCGGUUUCUCAGGCUAGACCCGUUUAGCGAUCCAACCUGGUGGAAGAUCUCGAUCGCUAAUGGUGUUACACGGGGCAAUGAGGACGCGCAAGAGCGACUGCAGGCGUUAAUCAAGCACAUCUCAAUCCGACGUCUGAAGGAUGACAAGAUGGCAGAUGACAAACCUCUGGUUCAGUUACCAGCACGCACCGUGGUCACACAAGAAAUCGAGCUGUCAGAGGAAGAGCGCAAGAUCUAUGACACGCUACAGCACCGAGGGAGGCUCACUAUCAAAGGGUACAUGCAGCGUGGCACAGUGCUCAAGAACUACGCCAACUGUUUUGCGAUCCUGAUGCGCUUGCGGCAGUUGUGUCUUCACCCUAAGUUAGUUGAGAGCGCGUUGUCUGAGCUAGAGCGGAACAUGGGCGUGUUUGCUCAAGGUGAUGACUCUGAUGAUGACGAUGACCUCGACCAUGACAUGAGCACUGAAAGACUCAUCAAUCAACUCCUGCAAGUGCUGUCUUCAGGUGUGAGUGAGGAGUGCCCCAUCUGCCUUGACCCCCUCGAUGACCCAAGCAUCACACGCUGUGCACACGUGUUCUGUACGGGAUGCCUUACAGACGUGAUUGAAAACGAGAGACUGGCGCCCAGGUGUCCCAUGUGCCGUGCACCCGUCAAUCAAAAUGAACUGGUAAAGGUCCCGGAAGAAAGGCUGAGGGAGAAGGAGACUGAAAAGGAGGCUGGGGAAGAAGAAACUGCAGGGCGCAAAUCAAGUGCCAAGAUCGAUGCUCUUCUGAAAGCGCUUGACACACUACGUGGCCAGGACCCGUCUAUCAAGAGCCUAGUUGUGUCUCAAUUCACUUCCUUCCUGGACAUCCUGGAGUAUUUCCUGGAAAGAGAUAGUAUCGACUACUUGCGCCUGGAUGGAACCAUGGGCCAGGAAGCCCGUGUUAAGGUCAUUGACCGUUUCCGGGACCCUGACUCGCCGAAAGUGUUUCUUUUGUCUCUGACGGCCGGUGGAGUUGGUCUCAACCUGACUGCUGCCACUAGGGUGUUCCUGAUGGAUCCGACGUGGAAUCCUGCUACAGAAGAACAGUGCUUUGAUCGUUGCCAUCGACUGGGACAGACCGAAGAAGUUAUCAUCACUAAGUACAUCGUGAACGACUCGGUGGAGGAGAGAAUGCUUUCGCUACAGGAGGAAAAACGGGAGCUCAUGACCGCUGCGUUCGGCCUGAAGGCUCGUAGCGAGGAGGACACGCGACGCGCACGUGUUCGCGAUAUCGCCCACCUAAUCGGCAUCCAGAACAUUCGGAACUACGCGCCGCGCGCCGUGCCUGGAUCAACCUUCAUUCGAAACUAGGUGGAUAUAACUACAUCACGGGAAUUAGAAUAUAUAGAACAACCCAUAGACAUGCCCUGGAUCAACCUUCAUUCGAAACUAGGUGGAUAUAACUACAUCACGGGAAUUAGAACAUAUAGAACAACCCGUAGACAUGCCCUGGAUCAACCUUCAUUCGAAACUAGGUGGAUAUAACUACAUCACGGGAAUUAGAAUAUAUAGAACAACCCGUAGACAUGCCCUGGAUCAACCUUCAUUCGAAACUAGGUGGAUAUAACUACAUCACGGGAAUUAGAAUAUAUAGAACAACCCGUAGACAUGCCCUGGAUCAACCUUCAUUCGGAACUAGGUGGAUAUAACUACAUCACGGGAAUUAGAACAUAUAGAACAACCCGUAGACACGCCCUGGAUCAACCAUCAUCCGAGCGGGAUAUAACUAAAUAACGUGAUUUAGAACAACCAAUGCACGAAUUUUUAUUGAACUUGCUCAAAAAAAGGACAUACCAGCGUACGAAAGAAGAGAGUAAUAAAGCCCUUACCUGUUACCUGCCCUGAAACAACCGUCAUCCUAAACUUGGAGUGUAUAACUACAUUACGCAACUACGGAGCAACCAUUACACGAAUGAGUAUUGAUCUCGCUCAGAAAUGACCUACCAGCGUACGUAUGAAGAGGGUAAAGAGCUUACUCGUUACUAUCCUUAAUCUCCUUGUAACAGCUUACAGACGCGAAAUGUUGUCAAGUCACCAUUGUGCAGCUCGUGAAGAAUGCCAAAGGAUGAGUGCAACAAGUCCGUUUGGAAGAAACCAACUUGAGAUUGGACACAAGUCUAAUGGAGGAUUUUACACAGUUUUUUAUUGCUCUUUGUGCUCUACCUCAACACUUUGCUCGACAACGAAGGAGAUGUACUAAAUCGGACGAGCAAAGGGAGACGUGCACGUCGUAUAAAAUAUGAAUUACAUGCCCGUUUUGUUUGCAAAUCCAUGGUGUCGGCCCGAUUUCUGAAAAUCUGACGUUACACAACAUACUUCGGUAUCGAGAUCAGAUUUAUUAUUAUAUUAUUUAUUAUUACUUGGGAAGAUGCCCGAACACGGUCCCCAGCUAUCAUAUCGGAACGAGUUAAUUAGCCUCAAAAGAGUGCCCUACAUGUCGCCGCUGGUCUCGCCCUAUUUGCGUCAACGUUUUUUUUAGUUUUUACAAAGAAAAAAACAUAUGGAUAAUUGUUAAUUUUUUUACUGCAAUAAUAAUUUGUUAUUGCAUAGAUUUGAAAUGGUUACAUUUUAGAAUAAAUUUUGAUUUUUUUUUUGAUUGACUGAUGAUGGUGAAUGAACACCUCGAAUUGUUAGAUUGGAAGGAGUAAAAUUGUAAAUAUUUGAUCUGAAGUCGAUACUACAUCAUAAAAUUUGUCCAGUCGAAUAAUUAUAAUCAGGUUAUAUAUUUAUCUAGCUAGGAGCGAACUUCUGAAAUCUGAGGGGAUGUGUGCUUCCUCUAUUGGUGCAUCCCUUGGAUGAAACACCUGUUAUGUUUCUAAGUAAAAAAUAAAUUGCUCUAAUUGUCA